UAGUUGUACUUCUGACCUGUGUGCUGCCUGAACUGCUCCUGCCUUUGCAAACGCAGCGCUGAUACUUGACGUGUGAUCUGAUAAAUAAAUUUCCCAGAAUGAGAUAAUUUUUUUGGCUGAAUUUCUGCUAAAUAUAUCCCCAACCGGGCUUCCAAUCUUCGAAUACUUCAAAUAUCUUUCAAUUCAGAGGCUCCAGAAGGGUUUGUGUUGUAUUUGUAUUUAUAGGACGAUGGAGAAGAUCACCAACCACCUCUUCAGGUACAAAAACUACAACUUUGCCAUCGGUAUGUCUACUCCAGAGCACAUCGACUCCCUGCAGAGCUUUGAAAUCCGAGACAGUGACGUUUUCCUCGUCACUUAUCCAAAGUCAGGAACCAUAUGGACUCAACAGAUCAUCAUAUCCAUCUGCGAGGCGGACGGAGCUCUGCCUGAAUAUCCAAACAACCUGGAGCAGAUGCCCUGGCUGGAGUAUGCAGAGGCGAAAAAGGAUUACGCCCUGCGACCCUCCCCCCGACUCUUCUCCUCUCACCUCACCCCGGCUCUCAUGCCCCCGGGCCUGAGGGACAAGAAGGCCAAAAUAAUCUACGUGAUGCGGAAUCCAAAGGACAACAUUGUCUCCUAUUUCCACUUCAGCAGCCACUGCGGCAGCCUGGAGACCCCCAAGAGCUUCGAGGACUUCUUUGAGCAGUAUCUGGUGGGAAAUGUUGGAGCUUCAUCCUGGUUUGACCACAUAAGGGACUGGCAUUCAGAGAGAGACCAGUACACCAUCCUCUUCCUCACCUACGAGGACAUGGUUCUAGACCUUAAGGGGGCAGUGAUUAAGAUCUGCAACUUCUUGGGGAAAAACCUGAGCGAAGCGGCCAUUGAGCGAGUUGUGGAAAAAGCCACAUUCGACACCAUGAAGAGAGACUCAAGAGCAAACUACACGUUUUUGCCAAAAGAAAUAGUGGAGAAAGACUUCAUGCGCAAAGGUAAGAUCGGCGACUGGAAGAACACCUUCACCGCCGCUCAGAGUCAGAGGAUCGAUCGCCUGAUGCACGAGAGACUCGGAGACACCUCUCUGCACUUCAUCUGGGAGUAGACCAACGUCUAAAAACUAGAGCUGUCAAAUGAUUAAAAAUUUUAAUCAAAUUAAUCAGAAUUUUCAGUGGAUUAAUCAGGAUUAAUCACUAUUUGCAAUUACACCUGAAUCCUAACCAUUUUUUCUCUCUGAAAUGCAUACCAAAGAUAGAUGUUAUUGAUAUUUGACUUGGUUUAAUUAAUUCCAGAAAAUAAUCAGAUCAAUGUUAUUUGAUAAGUUACAGACUGAUUUCCCUGCAUGGCUCUAGAAGGGUCACGAGCCUCUGCAGUUUAUGCCACUCUGCUGCGGUCGGCAAAACGUGUUUGUGCUGCUGAUGGUCAAGGGCUGCGAUGACCAGACAUGACCAGACAUGUCAACCCUCCCGAAUUUCAAAGCCCCUCCCGAAAAUCUCCCGGACCGACCUUUCUCCCGAUUUCCACCCGAACAACAAUAUUGCUACACCAUCAGUCACUGGGCGCGCCGUUUCAGACCGAACAAUAAUAAAACCGCUAGCACCCCCACCCCCCUGCCUGCAGGUGGCAGUAAUGUGUUGUAUAGGAUGAAGUGCAUUCUCUAGAGGAAGAGGUUCUUUCCCGACCUGAAUAAUUUGUCACUGCGCAUGCGUGAAAUCUGUUAAAAAAAAUUGACGUAAUUAACAACAAACAACUAAUUAAUGUAGUUAACGCGCUAUUUUUCACAGCCCUACUAAAAACACAACUCUGUAUUCAAAUGAAAUAAAAUCUAUUUUGGGGUUGA